UGACACCUGUCAAUAUUCAGAGGUUAUAAAUAUUAUGGCAGAUGUGAUGGCAGAUCCUAACAGUCUACAGAAGAAAGAAGAAACGAAGAAAAAGCAAAAACGCUAUCCUAAUAAGAAUUAUGCUCUUAAAAAGCGUUUACCACCUAGGCCAGUAAAUGGAGACAAUGUGUUGUUUAUUACGAAGAAGACGAACUUUAAAGCACAACUAGAUAAAUGUUGCGAUUUACUAACAAGAGGAGAAAAGGAGAUAAUACUUCAUGGUCUAGGCGCGGCAAUACAGAGAUGCUGUAAUUUGGCACUUCAGCUGGAAAUUCUAUUUUCAGGCACCUGUCAAAUCGAAGUAAACACUGGAUCUGUAGACCUAGUUGAUGAUCUAGAGCCACUGACUGAUGAACUAGAUUUUGGCUCACAAAUACGACAUUCAUCAUCCAUCCACAUAAGAAUAUUUAGGACAGCAAUGCUCGGAUCUAAUCAAAACUAGUGAAAGGGUGAUAAUGUUUUUUACACUAAAUGAGAUUGUGCAAUGGAUUGGACUUACUGUAUUUGAAAUAUGGAUCAAUCUUAUAACGCUCACUAUAUUUUCUGUACUGUUAGCUCUUAAAAUUGAUGGUGUAUUGAAUAGUGCAUGGUGGACAAUAUUUGCACCUUUGUUUGUGAGUGAUGCGAUGAAUGCAUACUUUUGCUGUAUUGUAUGCAUAAGAAUGAAUCUGGAAAAUUCUUAUAAAGCUUCUUUAUAUAGAGCAUCUUGGAGUGGAAUAUUUUUAGGGCUAACAUUUGUUUUCAAAUUUUUACUUUGUAGAAAACUACAAGGUGAUUCGGCUAUAGAAUACAGUGAAGUUUUUGCACCAUUAUUUAUAUUGUUACAAUUGAUAGCAGUACGUGCAUGUCAAUUACAUCAAUAACAUUCUUAACCAAAAGAUGCUCUUAUAUUUAUGGACAUAAAUAUUGUUGUACUAUAAUCAUAAUUAUAUCUGUAUGUUUCAUUUUUUUCAAGUAAACUGACAACUACGCUAUUGUAAAUAAGCUUUGUAGCAUAAUCUGACUGAGACAUACAAAUAGAGAGCUAUUUACUUAUGUUACUUUGAAAAUGUUUACACCUGAAACCAAAACACAUUUUAAAUUCAUAUCCAUUUGUUUCUGAUUUUUUUGGCCAUUUAUGACAUAGCAAUAAAAUUUAAACAACUAAUUAAA